AUGUCUGCCUAUGAUUUUACACUCAUAUUCCCCUCCAUCCCCCUUUCCUUUGGAAUCUCGAGUGAUUUGGCUGCAGGAUGGUCCAAAUUGGUUUACGAGUAAGUGCUAAUGAAUAAAACUCAGCAAAAGAUUGAAGUUGAAAUUUAAGGCCUGACUGAAAAGGAAGCAUUUGUGGUUGAACAAUGCGUUAAAUUAUUAUUUGGCUUCAAAAUUGAUUUUUGCAUUCAAGACGUCUGGCAAGCCUUGAAAGUAUGCGACAUUAUUGGCAUAACCCAAUCGCCACAAAUCGAAGGAGUUACAGUCUAAGAACAACUUCUAUCAUUCGCAUUGCAACAUAUUCAAUAGAUCAAUCUAAUUGAAGGCCUAGAUUAUGCACAGCAACUAUUAGAAGUUGGAGGAGAGGGACUCUUGGUGCAUCGAACUGAUAUUAGAUUACUAAGCCAAUAAUUGGUGGACAAAAUUAGAGAAAUCAUUAUUUUGAGCAAAUUCGAAAUACUUACAAAUUAUGCUCACAAUUAAGAUCAAAGCAUCGAUAGCCAAAAUAUUAAUAACAAUAACAAAUUCCUAUUAAAAGAUUUGAAGAGGGAGCAUUACAUCCAAUUGAGAACUUUGUUUUACAACUUCGUCAAUCAAUAAAAUACAGAGUUAAGUGCCAAUCAAAACAUUGUCAAGAUCUUAUUCGAAGAAUUGGAUCAAUAGUUUGAAUUGGACAGCUACAUCAAUAAAUACUUUGAAGAGGUUACUUCUAAGAUGCAGGCCAUAGACAUAUCUGUUAAUAAAAUGGAUAAAAAAUACGAAGCUCAAUUGACUAAAUUGAAUGAAUUCAUCAAUUAAGAAUUUGAAAGUCUCAAAAAGGAGAACAAGAUGCUAAAAAACCAAUUAUACUUUGCUCAUAGAAGAAUAGAAUAGCUACAGAAUCCUAUGAUUAUUUCCCAAUAUCAAAUGAAACUGUUUUGUUUCUCCAAUGGAGUCAUUAAGUAUAAGAACAGUGGAAUCAUUCAUACAGAGAACAUGGACAGUUACAUCAUAAAUUGCAUUGUCAUACUAAAAGACAGCACCAUAGCUGUAGGAAUGCAAGGGGGAGACAUUCUCUUAUACAACAAACAAUUGAAGAUCAUAACAACUCUUAAACUAUCAUCGGUUAUACAAAUUAAAAAUGCCUAUCAUGUUAUCUGCAUGCAAGAGCAGGUGAUUAGUAGUAAUUAAGGGGAGAAAAUAUUUUUAAUUUCAUCUUAUUCAAAUAAUAUGUAUUGCGUCUGGAAUGAAUAGAAAUCGAUCUUUCACGAGUAGUUGGAAUCAUAGGUUAGUGUUAUUUUUAUCAAUCCUUUGUUGGGUAAAUUUAUUCUUUUCGGUUGUGUCGAUGGUACCAUCCGUUUCAUCUAUCUAAAUGAAUCUAAAUCAAAUUACCAAGCAGAUCAUAUUAAAACACUCAAAAAUUCAAAUACUGAGGUAUUGAAAUUAGAAAUUAUCCCUCAAAAUAAUGAUUUAUUAGUAUCAGCUCACACUGAUCAAUUGAUAUGUAUUUGGAAUUGGGAAUCAGAAAAUGUAAUGAAAGUACUUAAGACGGAAUCACAGAUACACGACAUCUAGGUGUAUUUGGAUCUAAAAGAUUAGAAGAUUUUGAGAGUGCUGUUACAAAAUGGCUAUCUCAAUGAGUACAAUGCGGAAUAAUAGAUUGAAUUAAUGGAAUCUAUUUAUAUUGAUAAUAAGGCAUUCUAAUUGGCGAGGGGAAAAUGCUUGACAUAUGAUGGGAAGAUCAAAAAGAUAAAGAAUGGACCACUAAAUUAAUGUAACUAUCAUCUGCAGCACCAAUCUACUUAUUUUCAUCAUCAAGACAAUUGUGUAUAUGGACUGUUGUUAAUAAACUAUCCUUAUGUGGCAUCCUCAGCUGAUGACAAAACUAUAGUCAUUUUCAAUUUGAAGUCACAAGAAAAGUUGGUUUUGAGAGGACAUCUAAGUUAUAUCAAGGCAAUAGGGUUGUUACAAGAAAAUAAACAUAUAAUAUCAGGGAGUUACGACACAACAAUUAAGAUUUGGGAAAUAUCAACAGGGAUUUGCUAAAAUACUUUAAAUGGUCAUACAAAACCUGUUUUAUGUCUAUAAGUGCUAUAACAUACUUAAUAGAUGGUGGCAAGUGGAGGAGAAGACGGAGUGAUGAGGGUGUGGAAUUGGAAGACAGCCAUUUGCAUUUGGAAGGUGGAAAAUAAAUAUGAAAUAUGGUCACUUCUAGCAAUAAAGGAUCAUUGUACAAUUCUAUGUGGGAAUAAAGAUGGAACCAUCAAGGUUAUAGGUACUGGCUAGUCUGGGGAGAAGAGUCAAGACAUUAAAGAAUGGAAAAUUCACAAAUAGUAUGUUAAUUGCAUAAUUCAUUUGAAAGCCUCUAUAAUUGCAAGUGGGUCAUCUGAUACUACCAUUUAAAUUACUGAUCUAUAUUCAGGGAAGAUUUUAAAGACCUUGAUUGGUCAUUCAAAUAUCGUUUGGUCAAUCCAAAUGAUCGAUGAUGACACUAUAGCUUCAUCCAGUACAGAAGGCAAGAUUAAAAUAUGGAAUUGGAAGGAGAGUCAUUGCUUGAAUAGUUAGGUGGUAGGCAAAGGAUCAAUCUAUACGUUAUUGAAGUUGCCUUUUACCAACAAGAUGAUUGGGGGCACUGCUUAGGGAGAGAUACUCUAAUGGAAAAUUUGUAAGGAUGAAUAAAAAUUAGUAUGA